AUGAACUCAUUGCUCUUCGGAGAGGGUGCGCUUUCCAGUAUGAUAGCAAAAAUUCCAGUUAGUAGUGCCUCAACCACUGGGACGGGCGCGGUGACCAGUGCCCUGCGGAAUGACUUGGGGUCCAACAUUCAUGUGUUGAAGACACUGAACCUGCGGUUUCGCUGUUUUCUCGCCAAAGUUCAUGAAUUGGAGCGCAGAAAUAAACUUUUAGAAAAUAGGCUAAAGCAAGCCUUGGAGCAAUCGAGAUAUCAAGGAUUUUUCACUCGUGAUGUUGGCGUUCAAACGGACUCUUCAGAAUCCCGACUGCCCGGAACCAUCUGGAGUUUCACUCAUGUGCGGAGACAAGGGGAGCACUUUGAAACUCUCCAAGGGCCAGGGGUUACCUGGACCCAUCCGGAUGGUGUCGGGGUCCAAAUCGAUACAAUCACUCCGGAAAUCAGAGCACUGUAUAACGUGCUGGCCAAAGUCAAACGCGAAAGAGACGAGUACAAGAGAAAGUGGGAGGAGGAAUUGUCCAGACGAGAGCAAAUGGAGUCUAUGGUGGAAACACUGCAAGAGAACGCCCAGGAAUCCGAGGCCAUGCAAGAUGAACUAAAUAACACAGUGGAGAGACUGAAGGCAGAGCUGGUGGUUUUUAAGAGUCUCAUGAGCGAUGGCGACCGGCAUCUCGGCUCCCGUUCUAGACCUGUAGAAAACCAGAGGAAGAUCCUGGACCUCAAACAAAUGUCUGAACUCGACACCAAGAUUCAGGAGAAAGCCAUGAAAGUGGACAUGGACAUUUGCCGGAGGAUUGACAUCACAGCAAAGCUUUGUGAUGUGGCACAACAGCGGAAUUCUGAGGACAUGUCCAAAAUGUUCAAUGUCAGCCCGUCCAGAGCACCAUCUGACAGGGGAGCUGUGGCCUGCAGGAAGAAAGAGCGUAAAGCAGUGUCAGAUGAGGAGAGCUCAGAGAUGGAUGCUGAUCCCAGCACCUCUGAGGAGGAAGUCCCCGGAUCAGUCAACAUCACUGAUGAAAUGAAACGCAUGCUUAACCAGCUGAGGGAGACAUUUGACAUUGAUGAUGACUGUGACAGUCUAACAUGGGAGGAGAACGAUGACACGCUGUUACUCUGGGAGGACUUCACUAAUUACAACGUGCCCUUCACUAUCACCACGACAACCUAUCCUCAUGACUCCAAUGGUGACAACCAGGACCCUGUGUCUCAUGAUGGAAGUUUGGGAAGUCUUAUUGAUGAGACUGAGAAUCUGUUUAAGACCAGAGAGCAGGAGUACCAAGAGACCAUUGGGCAGAUUGAGAUGGAGCUGGCCACAGCUAAGAGUGACAUGAACAGACAUCUGCAUGAGUACAUGGAGAUGUGUAGUAUGAAAAGAGGGCUGGAUGUACAAAUGGAGACCUGCAGAAGAAUGAUCAAAGGGGGCAGAAACUCUCCGUCCUUUAGCUCAGUGGCAAGCAGUGACUCAGGGAACACAGAUGAGAUUCAGGAUGAGUUGGAGAAGGAUGGAGACACAGAGGGAACAGUCAGCUGA